AUGAAAGAUCUUCGCCAAGUUGCCGAAUUCGGAAGAUCUGUCCUUCCAACGAAAUCAGAUAGUUCUCGUUACUAUCGUCACAAUACACAUACCAGUCAGGGCACAGAAGAAACGCGUGCACUGCCUUCCAUCCCAUGUUAUCAGUCACACAGAAGCAACUCUUCGAGAAUUUCUUCUAGCAAUAACUUUGCCGAGAACAAAGAUCACCCGAGGAAGCGUCUUUCGAGAGCAGAAGCCAAGAUCAAAGAGCUUAAGAAUUUUGGUCCAAAUCUAGUUGCUCUCGAGGGAAGAGCACAAAAGCUUUUCAUAGAUCAGGCCAAUCUUAACUUCAAUCUUUUGAGCCGUCUUGAGAUGCCACUGACAUCGUCGUCUCCACAGGGACGACCUUCAAGACUGGGACCUCUUCAACAUCCGUAUACACAUCUCCAAAAUCCAUCAAAUUCUGGUCAAUCUUUUGUUACUCACGCUUUUCAGUUCAACUCUGAGGAUGUGGAGAUGAAUGAUGCGCCAGACAUUCAAGAGUCAAUAAUGGUUCCAGUAGAAUCUGAAAGUCAGAACAGAGGUGAGAUGCCAUCUCCCCGUCCGCUUAUCAGACCCUCUCAAGCCGCAGCAUCGAUUCGAAUCGCUCCAAAGUCAAGUCAAUCAAUGACUCCAAGUAGGAUAUUCGAAAGCCCACGGCAUACCGCUCUCCAAACCACCACCACAAACAUCCACGAUCAAAUCGAGCUUGAGUUUUCCCACUUAAUGUUAGCAAAGCAUAACGAACUACGACUCAUCGAAACUGAACUAGCCAAAGCACAAAUAAUGCUUGAGCAGCUUCGACGUUGUCAUUUGAGGCCGUUCAAUCUCGUCAAAAAUGAGGAGGGUCAGGUUUAUGCAGUCAGGGUUGUGGUGAGGCCAUUUAGUGGAGAGGAGAGAAGGCAGAAAGCAAUUACAAAGAGACAAAGGGAAGAAGAGAAGGCUGCGGAAGAACUAAAGGUAGAGGAAAUGAAGAAAGGGGGAAGCGGUAUGGGGUUGAGGAAUAGAUAUGUGAAAAGGUGA